AUGUCCUCCACCGGCGCCAUGCUCGCGCUCAUGCUGCACCUGCCCGUGCUCCACCGCGUUGUCACCGUGGGGUUCGACGAGCUGGACGGGGAGGUGCACGUGCCCGGGCUGCCGCCGGUACCGCCGGAGUGCUUGCCGUGCCCGGUGGUGGACAAGAAGAGCCCCAACUACACGUGGUUCGUGCGCCUCGGCGACAGCUUCAUGGACGCCACGGGGAUCAUCGCCAACACAGCGGACGGGCUAGAGCCGGGGGCCCUCGCGGCCGUCGCCGACGGCCGCGCCGUGGCAGGGCGCCCCGCGCCGCCGGUGUACCCCAUCGGCUCCGUGCUCUCGCUCGGCAGCAGCGCCAGCAAGAAGGAUUCCCCGGAGCCACCGCACCAGUGCGUCGCCUGGCUGGACGCGCAGCCGCCGGCGUCGGUGGUGUUCCUCUGCUUCGGGAGCAUGGGCUGGUUCGAGCCGGCCCAGGUGGUGGAGAUCACCGCCGCGCUGGAGCGGUGCGGCCACCGCUUCCUGUGGGUCCUGCGCGGCCCGCCUUCCUCCAAGUCCGGCGCCGGCGCGCCGGACGGGUCGGAGCACCCGACGGACGCGAACCUGGGGGAGCUGCUCCCGGAGGGGUUCUUGCGGAGGACGGAGGGCAAGGGCCUGGUGUGGCCGACGUGGGCGCCGCAGAAGGAGAUCCUGGCGCACCCGGCCGUGGGGGGAUUCGUGACGCACGGCGGGUGGAACUCGGUGCUGGAGAGCCUGUGGCACGGCAUACCGAUGGCGCCAUGGACCUUGUACGCGGAGCAGCACCUGAACGCGUUCGAGCUGGUCGCCGACAUGGGCGUCGGCGCGUCGCCGUGCCGCUCAAGGUGGACCGGAAGCGGGACAACUUCGUGGAGGCGGCGGAGCUAG